UGCCCAACAUUAUUCAACCUCUUAUUAAAUAAUACUCUAAACACAUAUGUACAAAACCUACACAAUUUGAAGAUUAAAUAACUCUUAGAUCCAAAUUUGGCAUGCUAGAUAAAAUCCAAUUUAAAAACCGGCCGGGUCAUCAAAUCAACCGAGUUAUCAGUUUGUAAUCCGAGCAGUCAGACCGGUCUAACCACAACUCUAUAAAUACCUUUGGCUUCCCCCUCAUUUUCCCACCCACAAAAUGGCAAGCCAUCUCUCCAUUUCCCUCCACAACACAAUCAAAACCUCCAUCAAUCUCUCCUAUGCCAAGUCCAACUCUUGCCUUCCCUCGAAACUAAGACCAAAUCUCAGCCAUUCGAAGCAACCGCGUUGCAUAACGGUGUCAGCAGUUGCCCAAAAUCAACCGUACUGGCACGGAAUCGAAUCCGAAAUCGACGCUUUUCUCGACAAAUCCAUCCCAAUAAGGAAGCCUGAGGCCGUCUUCGUGCCCAUGCGCCACCUCACCUUCGCGGCCCCGAGGACCGCAGCCUCGGCCCUGUGCGUGGCCGCGUGCGAGCUCGUGGGCGGCGACCGGAGCCACGCCAUGGCCGCGGCGGCCGCGGUCCAUCUCGUGCACGCGGCAGCCUACGCCCACGAGCACCUCCCCCUGACCGACCGGACGGGGCCCGGACCGAGGCCCGAAGUUGAGCACAAGUACGGCCCGAACAUCGAGCUGCUGACCGGGGAUGGGAUUUUCCCGUUCGGGUUCGAGCUGCUGGCCCGGUCCGUCGGCCCGGCCCGGCCGGAGAGGGUCCUUCAGGUUAUGAUCGAGAUAAGCCGGGCCGGCGGGUCGGAGGGGAUCAUGGACGGGCUGUAUAAGGAAGGGGAAAUCGUUGAUGAGAAUUCGAGAUUUGAGUUCAUCGAGUAUGUGUGUAAGAAGAAAUACGGCGAGAUUCAUGCUUGUGCGGCGGCGUCUGGAGCCAUAUUGGGCGGCGGAAGCGAGGCCGAAAUACAGAAGCUGAGGAAUUUCGGGCUUUAUGCGGGAACGGUGAGAGGAUUGAUGGAGAGGAAAACUAGUGUUGAAAUUGAAAAUAUAGUUAGAAAAUUGAGGGAUUUGGCUCUCAAGGAGCUUGAAGGAUUCCAUGGAAAGAAGAAUGUUGAGCUUUUAACGAGCCUUGUAGCCAAGCCGAGCCUCUGCUCAGCUUAGACUAAAUUAUUAGAAGUUGGGGCCGUGAAGACGACCGGUGAUUAUUGAAAGAAGAAAAGGAAGAGUAUGAAUUUCUUUCACAAUAAGCAUAUGUAGCUACAUUAUUCCAUUUAACUUGCUGUAAAUUAUAUCCAUUGUCAUAUGAUUUGAAAUCAUAAUAUUAAAUAAUGAGAUUUUAGUUUAUUUCAA